GGCGCCGCCUCGUCCGCCGCCGCCCGCCUCGAGCCGCCGCCGCCCAUCAACACGGCGCAGCCCGGCGUCAGCACCAGCCGCCUCUACAGCGGCGCCAAGUUCCGCGGGCAGCAGCGCUCCAAGGGCAACGCCUACGAGGUCGAGGUGGUCGUCCAGCAUGUGGACAUGGAGAACUCUUAUCUCUGCGGCUACUUGAAGAUUAAAGGCCUUACGGAGGAAUAUCCAACCCUCACAACGUUCUUUGAAGGGGAAAUAAUCAGUAAAAAGCACCCGUUCUUAACGCGGAAGUGGGACGCGGACGAAGAUGUGGACCGUAAGCAUUGGGGAAAGUUCCCGGCCUUUUACCAGUAUGCAAAAACAUUUAACUCGGAUGACUUCGAUUAUGAGGAUCUGAAGAACGAUGACUUUGUCUUCAUGAGGUGGAAGGAGCAGUUCCUGGUUCCCGAUCACACCAUCAAAGACAUCAGCGGGGCUUCCUUCGCCGGAUUUUAUUACAUCUGCUUCCAGAAAUCCGCUGCGUCUAUAGAGGGCUAUUAUUAUCACAGGAGUUCAGAAUGGUACCAAUCCCUGAACCUGACCCACGUCCCCGAGUACAGCGUGCCCAUUUACGAAUUCCGGUGACGGCAACGGCGGCGAUCAC